AGGUGUGUUUGGGCAUGUGAGUGUCUUUGCACAUAUCCUGAAGUCACUGUGGUGACUGAGCAGUGGUGUCUGACAGUCAGAGAUGGCAGUCCUGGGGUCCCUUGUCCAAGCCUGUGCUCUGGCCUUCCUGAUGCAGAUGGCAACUGCUCAGGUCUAUGACACCAGCCUAAAUCUCAACGGGUGGCACAGGGGUCCUCUUGUGUUCGAGGGUUCCCAGGGCACUGAGUCCAAUGUAUCAGAGGCCCUGCCAAACAGCACCAACACACAUCUGUACAUCAAAGGCUUCAUAGCUCUGGGCUUCUCAACCAUUGGCUUUGGAAGCUCACUUGUUCCCAUCAAACGUACCGAGACAGGAAAUGGCUUGUUCUUCCAGUGGGUUUUCUGCUCAACCAUGUGGCUUGAGUCUCUCCCUGUGCACUUUCUCCAGGGAAGCUCAGAAACAUGGCUCCUCAGCGUAGUGGCAGGAUGUCUGUAUGGCAUAGGCAACCUCACCAAUGUACCAAUCAUAAGGACCAUUGGCCUAGGACUUGGAUUUCUGAUCUGGUCAACAUUUUGUCUCCUUAUGGGCUGGGCCAGUGGCAGAUUCGGUUGGUUUGGACUUGAUCCACAGGAUGUAGCAAGUCCUGUGUUGAAUUACAUUGGGACUGGUCUGGCAACAGUCAGUGUGGUGAUUGUGUUGUUUAUGAAAAUGGAGACUAGGACAGAGGAUGAGCAAGCAGACGAUGUAGAGCCCCUCCUUGAGAACGACACUGACAAGGGUCAUGACAGCAAACUGGAGAGCCUAGUAGAUGAGUGCAUUCUGACUGAGUCCAAAGAAGAGGCAUGGGAGGACAAACUCAGCCCCCUUAAGAGAAAGAUAGUGGGCUGCUCUCUGGCUGCAUUUGCUGGCGUGCUCUAUGGAUGUUGUUACACACCAAUCAUCUUUGUGAAAAACAGUGCAAUAAGAAACAACACACAUUUUGCAGGUGCCAGUCAAUAUGCCCUAAUCCCAUUGAAUUCCGACAGAUCUGGAUUACAUUUUUCCAUUCAUGACUGGCGCUUGUGCCACACCGGCUCUUGCAUUCUUUGUUUAUUGUGUAAUCAUGAAGAACAGACCUCAUCUUCCUUCAAAAUGUGUCCUGCCAGCUUUUUUUGCAGGAACCUUGCAGUUUGGAAGCCAAAUUGCAUGGUUUUUGUCUUGCUAUUAUAUUGGAAGUGUUGUAACAUACCCUAUUGGUACAGCUGGACCUUCUCUUGUGUCUUUGGCAUGGAGUGUAUUUUGCUUCCGAGAGAUUAAGGGAACCAAGAACUUCAUUCUGCUUGGUGUUAUUUUGUUAACUGUUCUUACUGGUAUUACACUAAUUUCAGUUUCAAAAUAGGCUAAAUUAAGCUUCAUCCUGAAGCAAAUUGAAAUAAUUUCUUUGAAAUGUUGAAAUUAAUUGUGUGUUGUUGUUUUAGCCUGUGUGUUGUUGUUUUAGCCAUGUUUUACACUUUAAUAAAAUGUAAGACACCCCCUC